UGGGGCACCCCAACCUUUUCUGGGCAGCCUGUGCCAGGAUCUCACGUCCCUCUGUGUGAAGGAACAUGGUGGCAUAUUCCUGAGGAAACAGUGAAAACAGAGAACAUGAACUUUUAAAUCUUUCAAGACCUGCAGCACAAAAGAAAAGCUCUUCAAAAAGAGACACCUUCAGAGCAAAAAUGAGCUUUGAGAGAGCCUACAAUGCCUUUAACAUCAGCAAUAGCACAGAUCUAGCUAUUGGAUUUACCUCUUCCACAGUAGCUGUUCUUCUAUUUGGGACAAAUUUUGUGCCAGUUAAAAAAUACGAUACUGGUGACGGAAUGUUCUUCCAAUGGAUUCUCUGUGCUUCCAUAUGGAUAGUUUCUUUGGUGGUCAAUUUAAUCCAGAAUUGCCCCCGCUUUUGGCCUUUGGCUAUGGUAGGAGGCUUCCUGUGGGCUACAGGCAACAUCACAGUUGUUCCUAUUAUUAAAACCAUAGGCUUAGCUCUUGGUCUUUUGAUAUGGGCUUCUUUCAAUUUGCUGACAGGCUGGGCAAGUUCCAGGUUUGGAUGGUUUGGAAUUGACCCAGAAGAGGUAGCAAGACCAGUCUUAAAUUAUAUUGGAGCUGGACUUUCACUGUUAAGUGCUGUCAUAUUUUUUUUUAUCAAAACUGAAGUCCAAACAUCUUCAGCUUCAUUAGAAAGCACACCAUUACUCAGAGAAUCUUCUGUUAAUGCUUCUGAAGACACCUCUGAUGUCUCAUGGGUGACCAAUCUUUCUCCAGUAAAAAAAAGAUUUGUAGGAUGUAGCCUAGCUGUCAUAGCUGGAGUACUCUACGGUUCCAGUUUUGUACCAGUACUUUAUAUCAAGGACCAUGGAAGAAGAAAUGGAACAAUAUAUGCAAGAGCAAGUCAAUUUGAUUUAGAUUAUGUUUUUGCGCACUUCAGUGGAAUAUUUCUUACAAGUACCAUCUACUUUUCGAUCUACUGUGCGGUCAGGAAAAACAAACCUAAUGUUUAUCCCCAAGCCAUACUACCAGGGUUUGUUUCUGGUUUGCUUUGGGCUGUAGCCAAUUGCUGCUGGUUCAUCGCCAAUCACUAUCUCAGUGCUGUGGUCAGCUUUCCAAUAAUUACUGCAGGUCCUGGCCUCAUUGCUGCGAUGUGGGGAGUCCUUGUAUUUAAAGAAAUCAAGGGCCUGAAAAACUACGUAUUACUCUCAGUAGCAUUUUGCAUCAUUUUGGCUGGAUCGCUCUCCACAGCUUUUUCUAAAGUUUGAAGAUCUUCUUACCAGUAGAUGGUGCUGCUGUCUUGUAUAAUCAAAAGCACAGCAGUGUGUGUCAACGACUAUUUGCAAAAUGCAUGUCCAACAUUUAGCAUAACUUUUUUCAGGGAAGUUAAGAAAAAAAAAAAAAGAAAACCUUUAGCAGGAAAGAAAACCUGGAAAUGUUUAUUUCCACAUUUCAAGGAUAUCAAAGGAUCUUACUAAAUAAAGCCAGAUGAUUGUAUAGUUAGUGAUUUUGUUGGUUUAGGUAUGAAACUUGCAUCACCAUAAAUUCCAGUUCACUGCUGUGAUGGUGGAGAAAGGGAGUCAAUAUUCUGUGUGUGUUUACUAAUUCAUCUUAUUCCAAUGCUGUCUUACUGAUUUGACUAUAUUAUGUCUGGAAAUACUUGUGUUUUGGAACCUAAGAUUCAAAGAUGUGAAACUUGUUUCUUAUUUAGAGGCAUUAUUCUUUAAAGAUAACAAUUCAUAUAAAAAUAUUCCAAUCAUUGCAGAUUGGAAGUUUUGAAGGAAAUGCAGAAAGAAAAAAAGAAGGUACUGAAAAAUAAACUAGUGCUUGCUGCUAC